UUUCCGGUCGAGCGGUGUAAACUCAGGAUCUAUUUCCUGUACGUUACACGCGCGUAAGCAGGUUAAUCCAAAUAAAAGCUGAAUAUACUCCAUAUCUGAAAAUUAAUAAGUCACAAUGGAAACAAUUUUAGAGCAACAGCGUCGAUACCACGAGGAGAAAGAAAGACUUAUGGAUGCCCAAACCAAGGAGAUGCUGACAAAGAAAACCACGCUGAGAGACCAGAUUAACUCUGAUCAUCGAGUCAGAGCGAUGCUUGACAGGUACAUGGAAGUGAGUGCAAACCUCAGAGAUUUAUAUGAAGACAAAGAUGGAAUGAGAAAGGAUGAGCUGAAUGCAAUAUCGGGACCAAACGAGUUUGCUGAGUUUUACAACCGCCUUAAACACAUCAAGGAGUUUCACAGAAAACAUCCCAAUGAGAUAUGUGUGCCCAUGUCGGUGGAGUUUGAAGAGCUCAUGAAAGCCAAAGACAACCCCAGUGAGGAGGCACAAAACAUGGUAGAGUUUACAGAUGAAGAGGGUUAUGGACGCUACCUUGAUCUCCAUGACUGUUACCUAAAGUACAUUAAUCUAAAAGGAGUUGAGAAACUGGAAUACGUCACAUAUCUGUCAACGUUCGAUCAACUGUUUGACAUUUCUAAAGACAGGAAAAAUGCGGAGUAUAAGAAGUAUCUGGAGAUGUUGUUGGAGUACCUGCAAGAAUACACAGACCGUGUGAAGCCCCUGUUGGAUCAGAAUGAGCUGUACGGAAAGAUCUUGAUUGAAUUCGAGAAGAAAUGGGAAAGUGGAGCAUUCCCAGGCUGGCCGAGGGAGGCAAGCAGUGCACUGACCCACGCUGGAGCUCAUCUGGAUCUGUCUGCCUUCUCUUCAUGGGAGGAGCUGGCAUCUUUGGGUUUGGACAGAUUGAAGUCUGCUUUGAUGGCUUUGGGCCUUAAAUGUGGAGGCACACUAGAGGAGAGGGCUCAGCGUCUGUUUAGUACUAAGGGAAAAUCUCUGGAGUCUUUAGACCCCUCUCUCUUUGCCAAAAACCCCAAAGCCAAGGGACCUAAGAAAGACUCGGAGCGCAACAAGGAAGUAGCUUUUCUGGAAGCUCAGAUAUAUGAAUACGUGGAAAUGUUGGGGGAGCAGAGACAGUUGUCCCAUGAGAAUGUUCAGAGGAAACAAGCACGUACAGGAGAGGAGCGAGAUGAAGAGGAUGAAGAACAGCCCAGCGAGAGUGAGAGUGAAGAUGAAGACAAUGAAAUUAUAUACAACCCUAAAAACCUGCCACUUGGCUGGGAUGGGAAGCCAAUUCCAUACUGGCUAUACAAGUUGCACGGUCUAAACAUCAAUUACAACUGUGAGAUCUGUGGAAAUUACACAUACAGAGGACCCAAAGCUUUCCAGAGACAUUUUGCAGAAUGGCGGCACGCUCAUGGUAUGCGCUGUUUGGGUAUUCCUAACACUGCCCACUUUGCCAAUGUCACCCAGAUUGAAGAUGCAGUAUCCCUCUGGUCAAAGCUGAAGUCACAGAAAUCACUGGAGAGGUGGCAGCCUGACACAGAGGAAGAAUAUGAAGACUCCAGUGGAAAUGUGGUCAACAAGAAGACUUAUGAAGAUCUGAAACGACAAGGGCUGCUGUAGGGCCUUAUGGCUCAAAACUUAACAUUUGAUAUCGUUGUGUUGUGAAUACUGGAGCAUGAACAUUUCAUCUCCUCUUUCAGAGGAAUGUUAUGAACAAUUUGUAUGUUUUUAUUGUUUUCCAUUCAAUUUAUCGUUUUUCCAUUCUCCUCAAAUAUGAGACACAUUUGUUAUUAAUCAAUAAAUUUUUGUACAUUCUUCCAAAAA